UCAACUUUUUCACAAACAGUCUUCAAAAACAAGUUGAGAAAUAAUGACAAGAGGAAACAUCAGACUACUGAACUGAAUUGAAGCAAAAUUUGAGAGCAUGGAAUCCAAUCAGCAACGAAUAUCACCACCAAAGAAGAGAAGUUACCACUGCUCUGAAUGUGGAGAUGGGAAGAGUUUUACCUGUGAAAGUAACCUCAGAACCCAUCAGCGCAUUCACACCGGAGUGAAACCGUACCAGUGCUCAGAGUGUGGGAAGAGUUAUGCUCAACUGGGUAAUCUCCACAGACACCAGCGCGUUCACACUGGCGAGAAACCGUACGUCUGCUCAAAGUGCGGGAAGAGCUUUACUCGACAGAGUCACCUCCAGGAACACCAGCACAUCCACACGGGCGAAAAACCCUAUCACUGCUCAGUGUGUGGGAAGAGUUUCGGCGACCAAAGUAAUCUAAACAAACACCAGAAAAUUCACACUGGAGAGAAAUGGUUUCAGUGCUCUGAGUGUGGGGUGAACUUUAGCAGCCUAUGUAAGCUCCUGAAACACCAGCAGAUUCAUACCGGAGAGAAACCGUAUUUCUGCUCAGAGUGCGGGAAGAGAUUUACUCAACAGGGCAGUCUCAAAAAACACCAGCGAAUUCAUACCGGUGAAAGGCCAUAUCUCUGCUUAGAGUGUGGGAAACGUUUUAAUGAACAGACUAAUCUCCAAACACACCAGAGAAUUCAUACCGGAGAGAAACCCUAUCACUGCUCAGUUUGCGGUAGGAAUUUUACUGACCGCCGAACUCUCCAAAAACACCACCGCGUUCACACCGGCGAGAAGCCGUAUAUCUGCUCAGAGUGCGGGAAGAGUUUUAGUGAUGGGCACGGUCUCCAUAAACACAGGAGAAUUCAUACUGGAGAAAGACCGUACCAGUGCUCAGACUGUGGAAGAAGCUUCAAUCAACGAAGCAGCCUCCAAAAACACCAGCAAAUUCAUUCCGGAGAGAAACCGUAUUACUGCUCAGACUGCAAGAAGAGCUUCAGACAUGCUAAUACUCUAAAAAUGCAUAAAUGUAUUAAGAUGGAAGUGAUGGCUGAUGAUAAAAUAGGAGUUGAUUAUGUUGAUUCAGAACUAUCUAGUUUAAAACAUGAGAUAAGUAUUUGAAUCUGAUUUUUUGCAUAUUUUAUUCUUAUUCACAUUAAUCAAAUCAAAUACAAUUAAUUUUGUAGCACUUUUUACAACAGAUGUCACAAAGCUGCUUUUCAGAAAUGAAAAAGACCAAUUAAACAGGAAUACGAUAUAUAUAUAUAU